GAGAGAAGCGGCGGACCGUUGACCGGAAAACAGCAAAUCACGUCUAUAGGUAACGAACUAACGUUAGAACAGCAGCUUCGAGAGCAGGUGAUUCAAUCUGUUCUGUUAGCACUCCAGUUGCCUCCUUAUGAAGUGCGACUAAAUAAAGCUGAAUGAAGGCGGGGACGUGUUGUUGAGUUAUCUUCCCGUCUUGUUUUGGGUUACGUCUCGUUCAGGAAGUUUUAUUGUCUAAUAAAAGUGCAGACGAGAGCCAGGUUGGGCGGUGUUGGGAGCUGCCCGUUGGCGUCGCUCCAGGCUGUUUGUAGUUCUUCCUAUGGACGCCCUCAAUGUUUCGUUAUUGCCGGGGACACCGAAAUAGACUUCAAUUCCCAGACAUACAAGGAAGCUGGAGACAGUUACUAUUUCACCUCACGCCUAAACUCUUUGAUCAACGCUCAUUGGACCAAUCGGCGUGGAGUGGGCGGGGUCUGCGGCAAACGAAGAAACAGUGAGCUGCGGAGGAGAGCAGCAAAGAGAGAGACCGCACUUAUUCAUCCUUCCAUCCCAACCAACCGUACGCCCUUUAUCGCCCUCUGUGGUCUGUGCUGCGAUGUUGAUCCUGGACGUUUUGUCCCCGCUCCUCCUCCUCUCCAUCCUGUUGCCGGGCUACGGUUGCCGUGCGGCUGACAUUCCAGAGGACACUACAUCAGAGUUCUCGGUCAGACUGUACCAACGGCUGCAGGCAGCAGGGGGUCAAGACAACAUCAUUUUCUCCCCGCUGAGCGUGGCCGUGGCCCUGGGCAUGGUGGAGCUGGGAGCCAGGGGGGCUUCACUAGAGGAGAUACGACAGGCUGUCGGAUUCAGCCAUCUGCUGCCAGGUGUCGAGUUCUCCUUGCUCCAGAACCUGACAGCGGCCCUGUUGGAUGAUGACAGCCACUAUGUGAUCCGAUUUGCCAACAGCCUGUUUUUGCAGGAAGAUGUCACCUUUAACCCAGAGUUUCUGCAUUUGAUGAAGAAGUACUUCCGAGCUGACGUGGAAACGGUUGACUUCAGCGAAUCGUCUGCCGUGGCUGAGCAGAUCAACAAAUGGGUGGAGAAUCACACCGACAGUAAAAUCCGGGCUCUGCUCUCAGCCGAUGACUUCAGCAGCGUGACCCGUCUGACCCUGGUGAACGCAGUUUAUUUCAGAGGCUCCUGGAAAAACCAGUUCAGGCCGGAGAACACCAGGACCUUUUCCUUCAGCAGAGAUGACGGCUCUGAAGUCCAGACACUCAUGAUGUACCAGCAGGGAGACUUCUACUAUGGUGAAUUCAGUGACGGCUCACAGGAGGCCGGCGGUGUGUACCAGGUGUUGGAAAUGCCCUACGAGGGAGAGGACAUGUCCAUGAUGAUCGUUCUUCCUCGGCAGGAAGUACCUCUGGCCUCCCUGGAGCCCAUCAUUAAAGCGCCGCUGCUGGAGGAGUGGGCUAACAAUGUCAAACGACAGAAGGUGGAAGUCUACCUACCGAGGUUUAAGGUGGAGCAGAAGAUCGAUCUGAAGGACACUCUGCAGGAACUGGGAAUAAAGAACAUCUUCACCAACAAUGCUGAUCUCUCUGCCAUGACAGAUGUUGAGGAUCUGUACAUUGGGAAAGCGGUGCAGAAGGCCUACCUGGAGGUGACAGAGGAGGGGGCAGAGGGAGCUGUUGGUUCAGGAAUGAUUGCCCUGACCAGGACUCUGGUCCUGUACCCACAGGUCAUGGCUGAUCACCCAUUCUUCUUCAUUAUCAGAAACAGGAGAACAGGGUCCAUCCUCUUCAUGGGCAGAGUCAUGACUCCUGAGAUCAUCGAUCCCAACGACCAUGCCUUUGACUCCAUGUAACUGUGACAUGAGGUCACACAGUCUCAGCUAAUCAGAUCCUGACGUCAUAAAUGCUACCUAUCUUGUGUCACCAUCUUCAGCUGUGUUUUAUACUCUUUAUGGAAAAAAAAAAUAGAUCUAUAAGCUGAAUAUUAUAUGAUAUAUUAUAUAUUGAAACAUGACAUUUGACACGUUACGUGGCUGUGUUUUGAUACUGGGAGCUUUAAAUUCCUGGAUAGAGACGUGCAGAAAGAGGAAGCUGUAAAUAUUCUCUAGUAAAGUAGGGUUUGUAUGUAUGUGAGCUGGAAGUACACCUGGGAUGUAAUUCGUGCACAACCCUUUUAAGUUCAGCAGCUUAAUACUCACUCACACUCAUGCCCACAAAAUGCACAAAACCCUUCCUCUUUGGAAAUAUUUACUUUAACUUACAUCCCUGUACAUUUGACAUUGUGUUCUAUAUACAUAUAUAUGCUCAAUAUUUAUUGCAGAAUAAACAUGUGCAAACACUUUGUCCUUAUAUGAUAAAUCUUAGUAAUAUAUCUGUUCCAGACAGUAUUGAGACAUUUUUACACUGUAGGCACAUGGCUACACUGCUAAUGAACUAAUAUGCCUUAUCACAUCAGAGUGGUUGAUUAAGACCCAGCUGGGCGUCUUAAAGCUUGCUAAAGCGGUUGCUUUAGAGAGUGACUGGAGCAUGCAGGUGCGCUGAACAAGAUCUGCUGCACUGCUUUGGAUGUACAUACAGGGAGAAACAGUAACACCAGCUGUAUUGAGUAUUUUAUUCAAUAAAAACAUGAAUGUGUUCCCAUUAAAAUGUACCACUUU